AUGUGCAAUUGAAUUCAGCUUAUUAUCAUAUCAAGCUUAUCAUUUGCUUUGAGCGAUGGGAUUUAUGAUUUUGUGGUAGGAAAAGAAAAGAAGGGAACUCUCAAUUAUGUGCAAAAUCUAUUUGUUUCGGCAUUUAUAUGUGCAGUCACUGGAAAUGGGUGUUUAUGAUUGAUAUGAGAUGCAGAUCAAGAUGAAAUGUCAAAAGCAUUAAAUAUUUCUAUUUUGGCAGGCAUAUUUUACUUUGCGUCGCAUUUAUUGCUAUUAAAAUCAUUUGAAAGCACUCCGAGUACUGUUUUACUGCCUUUGCUUCAGGCAGGCACUGUGUUUACAUUAUUUGGCUCUAUAAUAAAAAGUUGAAUUACAGGAGAGGCUUGACUUGAGAAUUAUUGGCAUCUCUUAUCAUAUCUUUUAUUAUUAAUAGGGGGACUUCUGCCUGCUACACAAGGAAACCUCCUUCGGGCUUUUUCUAUAAAAUUUUGAAAACAAUCAAAUGUGAUUUACCCUAUUUUUGCUGAAAUUUUCUACUCAUUUUACGAUUUGGCCAUUUCAUCAAUUGAAGCAAAUAAAGAAAGCUCAUUUGAGAUGCAGCUAUAUAUGACAGCAGUCACACGCACUGUUUUUAUCAUAUGCUUUCUUAUCUUUUUGCCACUUCGAAAAAAAGAAAUGAACGAUGUAGUAAAUUUAGGAUACUCAAGGGCCUUCUUAUUUUCUGCAAUUUCAGAAAUCCUCACACAGCUUGCAUUUUUUGUCUCUGCUGGGGCAUUCAUGUGCUAUUAUCAAGUAAGCCUGGUUCAUGCAGCUGAAGGCUCACUUAUACAGUGCUUCAAUUUGAUUUUUUCUUUUUGUUUGAAGUAUUAUUUUAACCUUGGAAAGUCGAACUCAAUACAGGUGAUAUUUAUUUAG